UGGAGCCAAUCAGACGGCGUUGUUUGUGGAGCCAAUCAGAUGCCCUUGUUCGUGGAGCCAAUCAGAUGCCCUUGUUCGUGGAGCCAAUCAGACGGCGUUGUUCGUGGAGCCAAUCAGACGGCGUUGUUCGUGGAGCCAAUCAGACGGCGUUGUUCGUGGAGCCAAUCAGACGCCGUUGUUCGCGGAGCCAACCAGACUGCGUUCAAUGCAAACGUUAAUGAAUAUUAAUGAUUGACGUUUUUUAAUUAAUGUUUUUAUUUUCUUGUUCACCCCGUGAUUAGUUUCAUGUAGCUUCGUAUUCUGUUAGUACGAUUGAACGGGUUGCUGAUGCGCCGUUAAUCAAAGUUGCUGCACAAAAUGUAUUUGUAAAGCCUUUUAAUACUAAUUCAUUAAAAAACUCGCGUCUUCUACGUUGCCGGAAGUGCUUGACAUUACUUGAUGACGAAGUUCACAGGCGGACUGACGAGCAGAAGAUGGCGGAGUAUCUGGCGUCCAUUUUUGGCACAGAAAAAGACAAGGUAAAUUGCUCUUUCUACUUUAAAAUUGGAGCAUGUCGCCAUGGAGAUCGCUGCUCUAGACUACACAAUAAACCAACCUUCAGCCAGACCAUCUUGAUUCAAAACAUCUACCGGAACCCCCAGAACAGCGCUCAGACCGCUAUGCCUCUCGCUUUCCGGUAUGAAGAGGAUGCAGAGAAGGCUGUUCUCGACCUGAACAACCGCUGGUUCAACGGCCAGCCCAUCCAUGCUGAGCUUUCCCCUGUGACUGACUUCAGAGAAGCCUGCUGCAGGCAAUAUGAAAUGGGGGAGUGCACGCGAGGCGGCUUCUGUAACUUCAUGCACCUAAAGCCCAUCUCUCGAGAGCUGAGGAGGGAACUGUAUGGACGGCGUAGAAAAAGGCAUCGCUCCCAUUCAAGGUCUCGAGAACGGUGCUCUCGUUCGCAUGACCGAGGCCGGCGAGGUCGCGAGAGGAGGAGGUCGAGAGAACUUGAACGUUCUGGACGGUUUUGAGCCAAAAUUCGAACCCUUUUGCUUUUUACCCCUCAGUGUCGUGACUUGCCUACACCAUGCCAGACGACAAACAUUUGUUUAAAACAUUGCACUUUGUGUUAGAUCUUAAUUUUUCGAAUUGUUUUCUGUUUUUCUUGGACGCGUUUUCUCAAUAAAAUGACAUCGUUAUAAAUUCCUUAA